AUGGAGGAGAAUCAUCCUUCCCACUCUGACUAUGAAGUCGUCCCUGGAACAGUGUACCUCGUCACUCAACCAUCCCACAACACCCCACUCCAUCCGACAGUCUGGAGCGGUCCCGAGUAUGGCGCUUGUGUGUCGUGGAUCACCGUCCUGGGGACUACCACGGCUUCCAUCUUGGGCUCGUCACCAUAUAACAUGAGCAAUGAGGCCUUGGGUUUGAUCUGGCUGUCUCCUCUCAUUGGAGGUCUCUUUGGAGCAUUGAUGGCGGGUCCUUUUAACGAUAAGCUUGUCCUGUUCCUCACACACCGGAACCGCGGCUGA